UAACUAAAGCCAGCUCUGUCUCUCUUUCAUUCUCCCUUUUACAUCUUCGAGAAGUUUUCUUCUGAGAUCAAGAAACGGUUGAUCAAAGACCAGAAAUCACAAAAAUGAAAAUUCUCCUCUCUAAGUUCUCAGUUUUGUUUCUAUUUCUCCUUUCUUGGACCAGCUUCACCACAACAGAAGCUUAUGAUGCACUUGAUCCAACUGGAAACAUUACCAUAAAAUGGGAUAUCCUGAGCUGGACUCCUGAUGGCUAUGUGGCUCGUGUAACAAUCUUCAAUUAUCAACAAUACCGUCACAUUGAGUCCCCGGGUUGGCAAUUGGGAUGGACUUGGUUAAAGAAGGAAGUGAUAUGGAAUAUGGUUGGUGCACAAGCAACAGAACAAGGAGAUUGUUCUAAGUUCAAAGGUGACCCUCCUCAUUGCUGCAAGAAAACUCCAACUGUCGUUGACUUGUUACCAGGAACUCCAUACAACCACCAGAUAUCAAACUGUUGUAGAGGCGGUGUGGUUAGUGCGUGGGCACAAGACUCCGCAACCGCUGUUUCUGCUUUUCAGAUUAGUGUUGGCCAAUCUGGAACAACUAAUACAACGGUUAGAGCACCUAGGAACAUCACUUUGAAGGCACCAGGACCUGGUUAUACUUGUGGCCCCGCGAAAACCGUUGCGCCGACCAAAUUCUUUUCUGAUGAUAAACGAAGAAAGACUCAGGCUAUGUUGACAUGGAACAUGACGUGCACAUAUUCGCAGUUUCUAGCCAAGAAAUCUCCCACUUGUUGUGUCUCACUCUCAUCCUUCUACAAUGAAACUAUCGUACCAUGCCCAACUUGUUCGUGUGGUUGUCAAAAUAAUUCUCAAACUGGUACAUGUGUCAACCAGAAAAUAGCUUCGGUAAUACAAGCUUCAGGGAAGAACAACCAUCAACCGCUAUUGCAAUGUACGCAGCAUAUGUGUCCCAUCCGAGUUCAUUGGCAUGUAAAAACUAACUACAAAGAGUACUGGCGAGUGAAGGUUGCAAUCACAAACUUUAAUUACAAUAUGAAUUACUCGCUGUGGAAUAUGGUUGCACAGCAUCCCAACUUCGACAAUGUCACUAAGCUUUUCAGCUUUAACUACAAACCCCUUAGUCCUUACGCUGGCAUAAAUGACACGGCCAUUCUAUGGGGAAUCAAGUUCUACAACGAUAUGUUGAGCCAAGCCGGUCCACUAGGAAAUGUACAGUCAGAAAUUCUCUUCCGAAAGAGCCCGUCAAAGUUCACACUCGAUAAAGGGUGGGCGUUUCCAAGACGUAUUUACUUCAACGGAGAUAACUGCGUUAUGCCACCUCCAGAUUCUUAUCCAUGGCUCCCUAACGCAACUCCAAAACUUGCAACCUCGCCAUUCAUCGUACUUCUCAUCACUUUCUUUUCUGUUUUGAUUCUUAUGUAAGGGAUUCACGUAGAAAUAUCGUGAUUUUGACCCGGUUCAUACCUUACAAGUGUGUUAAUGUGAGUGACUAUUAUGAAGCUAUCUCAAUUCUAUAGGGCUAAUUGUAUUUGCAUGCUAAAUGUUAUUAUGUCUAUUGUAAGAUUACAUAUAUCAGUGUUGUUGUAGAUUUAUUUUUCUUUAUUAUUAAUAAUUAUUUUUUGA